AAGAAGGAAGAAGAAGAAGAAAGCCGUGGUGGCCAAUCGAUUUCUCGUAAAUUUUGGAAAAAUCUCUUGAACACACCAAGCAACAACAUGCCCGACAUCGUGAAGAUCGCAGGAGAUCACAUCCUAAUAUACGAGGCCUACUACAAACAGCUGGAUCCAAAAGAAUCGAAUGAAAUAGGCGCCUUAGAUGCUGCAAAAUUCCUCAAACGCUCCGGACUCAGCGAUGUCGUCCUCAGCCGCAUUUGGGACCUUUCCGAUCCGGCCGGCAAAGGUUUCCUCACUAAAGAGGGCUUCUUCGUGGCCCUUAAGCUGAUCGGACUGGCACAGGAAGGUUCGGAAUUUGCAAUCAAAAACAUCUACAAGGAACUAUCAAAACCACCGAAAGUAGGCGAUUUACCGAAAGUCCCGGCUCAGGUGAAGCUGUUGCCAGUGGAGAGCACGGACUGGUCAAUGCGACCGGAGAAGAGACAACAGUAUGAGCAGCUCUUCGAUUCCCUUGGACCACAGAAUGGUCUGCUGCCGGGUGCGAAAGUUCGUAACACGCUGAUGAACUCAAAACUGCCAGUUGACACGCUGGGGCGCAUCUGGGAUUUGGCCGAUCAGGAUCGGGACGGCAGUCUCGAUAAGCACGAGUUCUGCGUAGCCAUGCAUCUUGUCUACGAAGCGUUGGAUAAGCGUGCCAUUCCUGCCAUGCUUCCGCCACAGUUGCAGCGCAACUACACCGCACCGGCUCCGGCGACAAAUGGCAAUGGUUUCGAUGCUUUCGGCAGUGGCAGCGAUGGAUUCGUUGCCAACUUUCCGACCGAUAUUGCACCACCACCACCGAUCGUACCGCCAUUGCCGGCGGCCUUGCUUAAUCGGCCUCCUUCCGUAGUCGGAGGUGUCAUUCCUCCUCUGAUCGGUGGUCCACCCGGGGUUCCUCCACUCAUCUCAGCCAGUGGACCGAUCGAGGUUACAAGCUGGGUGGUUUCGCCCCUAGAGCGUUGCAAAUACGAGGAGAUCUUCAACAACAGUGACACGGAUCGUGAUGGUCUUGUGUCGGGGCUUGAGAUUAAGGAUGUGUUCCUGCAGUCCGGCGUAGCGCAGAACAAGCUCGCACACAUCUGGGCCCUGUGCGAUACGCACCAGUCGGGUAAGCUGAAAUUGGAGGAAUUCUGUCUUGCCAUGUGGUUUGUUGAUCGGGCCAAAAAAGGUAUCGAUCCACCGCAGUCAUUGGCUCCGAACAUGGUUCCACCGAGCCUGCGGAAGAGCUCCAUCAUUCAGGAACCACCCCAACCAACAUACAGCAAUCCCGAGCUAGAGAUGAUCUCUAAAGAGAUCGAGGAACUGGCCAGAGAGCGUCGCCUGUUGGAGCAGGAAGUGGCUCAGAAGGAAGCGGAUGUGCGAAUCAAGAGCGGCGAGCUUAGAAGCCUGCAGAGUGAACUGGACACACUGACAGCCACAUUGAAGCAGCUGGAGAACCAAAAAGGUGAAGCUCAGAAGCGUCUGGAUGAUUUAAAAAAUCAGUAUGAAAGUGUAGACAUGGCCGUGCUAAAUGUAAAGCGCAGCAUCGUUAAUAGCCGUGAUCAGGUGAACAAAAUCCGUGACCAGUGUCAGAAGCAGGAAGCGGCCCUGAAGGAGCAGGAAGGUGAGCUGGACUCACGCCGUUCCGAGCUGCAAAAGCUGAAAGACGAAGAACAAGCACUGGAGAAGGAGUAUCAUGCUAGCACCAAAGAGGUAGACCAGCUCACCUCGCAGCUGCAAGACACUCAGCUUGAGAUCAGCCAGGUGAAGGCCAUGGUUACGCAGAUACAGGAGUAUCAGCGCCAGAUGACGGAUGCGUUGUCCAUGUUCCGCACAGCGAUCGAAGAGAACGAUCCGAUUCUCGUGUCCGACUACUCGCUUAAGAUUGAACCCGAGUUCCGUGAAGCGAAACAGGCACUGGAAGAGAAGGAGGUCGAAAAUGCCAACAAGCGCGAUCCGUUCGGUGAUAACAAAGCGAACGGUUUCGGUGCUGGUGCAGCUGAGACCGGGUUCGGGGAUGAUUUCAAAACGAAUGGCUUUGCAACUCAGUUUGAUACGCCAUCGAACACCACCGGUGGCUUCGGAGAUGAUGGGUUCGGUGCGUUUGAUCAUUCCUCGGCUACCAGGGCGAACGUAAACACUGCUGCCGAUCCGUUUGCUGCUAGUGCCGCCGAUCCGUUUGGUGAACGUAAAGGCUCCGGUGUCGAAACGGCCGCCAAGGAUGAGUUUGGCUGUGAUCCGUUUGCAAUACUACACGCACCGGCCCCUGGCCAAGCGCUCACGCCCAGCCCGAGUCGUUCGGGUCCUCCACCUCGGCCGGAAUCACCUAGCCCAGCGUUGCCACCAAAGAAAGCGAAACAACCACCUCCACGACCUGCCCCUCCUCGACCAAUGCAGGGUCCAACACCUACCAAACCUGCACCACCGGCGUCGGAUGCAUUCGGUGAUAGUAGCGGCGGUGGUAGCUUCGCCAACUUUGCCGAUUUCGACAAUAAGUGAAUAUCAUCUUAACAAUAUGUAUUAAGACUAACCGAAAUAACCGGGAGCGCUAAAGAUUAAUCCUCCGCUCCCAUCGUACUCCUAACACCAUGUCGUCUGAAAUACACGAAUGACAACUCAAAGCUAGCAUCAAUGGUCCAGUGGUUAGGGAUCACCAUGUGUGCAGCAAGUUCUUGCACACUCGUCGUAGUCAACAGAUAGAUAAUAAUGGCAGAUGGCAUACUAUCGUGCACCGCAACCAUGCACCUAGGCAUGGCGUCAAUUGAAUGCCACGCACAGUUCAGUUUAUGAUUGCAAGAGAGGGCCGCUUCCAUAUAUUACCGCAUCAGAAUUUAUGUUCUUAGUAACCAAAAUUCGUCAAGCAUUGUUUGAUUUUUUAUGUGGCUAGCUGAUGCACAUAAUCAACACGAUCUGGAAAAUGAGGAUUGAUCGUGAACAUUCAUUUCUUCAUGCCCUACCCUGGCAUAAUCAGCAAACCAGUUACAUAAUGGUAGUAUACUCUGUAGCGUGUAUAAAUUCUAUUCAUAUUGUUAUUUUUAUUUUAUUGUUAAUUGGUGAUGGACAAAAGAAGGGAAAACGUAAAUUAUUAUACAUUAAUCCCUACUUCACUACUCCCUUUAACGGUUGUUAAAAUGCCACUAUAAUGAUAUUGAAUGUAAAAGGAUAUAUAAAACAAAAUACGAAUUGCAACUAUAUUUACCUGAGCAUAAACCGUCAGAGUAAGAACCAUAGAAAGAGAGAGAAAGAGAGAGAGAUAGAGUGUGAAUGGCUUGAAGUUUGUUUAAACUUGAUUGAAUUUUAAUUAUUGUCUCAUGCAUUACUCUACUGAUUUCGAUACAACACUAACUUUUGUUAACAUGAAACAUGAAAACACAUAAGUAUGUGUUUAAUGGAAAGAUUUAAAUUCUGUUAAUUAAUUUUAUUUUUGAUUGAGUUUCAAAGUCUGUGAAUACGAAUAGUUCAACGAACGAAAAUGUACCUAGCAUUACAUUCGGUCUCGAUGCAUGAGGGAGACCCAUAUAAAAUCCAUUAAAUAUACAUACAAUAUGGCGUUCACUUCAGAGAAAGCGGUUGAUAUAGUAGCAAGAGUAUUUGAAGGAAAAAGUAAUUUAUAUACACACACAUCCAUAUAUAUACAUACCAGGAACCAAAUGCAGGAUCAAAUGGAAAUGAUUGCCAUAUAAGCUAUUCAGCAAAAACCCAUUAUUCGGCAUCAUUGUGCUUGGGUGCGUGGAAAAGUAUUGUUCAUUAGCAAAAUCAAACAAAAAUCUGACUAAUUGAAUUGUGUUACUCUUCGCUAACAGCAGUGGUUGAGGGAAAGUAUUAAAGUAUAUGAAUAUCAUUCGAGACGGAAUGCAAACUCUAAUCCACCCCUCUCUCGCACAUAAAUAUCAUACUGUGUUUGUGGACUUCAUUGUUAUGUUUCAACUCUCUUUAGCCGCUUUAUCAGAGCACUAUUAUGAAGGUUUAUAGCGCGUUCUUAUAAUACAUACUAGCAACUCAUUGCCGCGAGCUUCUUGGUUGGUGUAGUGUUAAACUUAUUACUUAUUUCUGUCUCCGGCAAAUGUAUCACAGCUUAAUCAAAGAGUCAUAGGCAGAUUUUGAUGACCUCGGCUUUGGUGGAUCUCGUCCUUGAGGAACCACCAGCCCUUCUCCGGCACCUCCGUAGCGGGAUGAUAGUGUUUGUCUCUCGUCCUUUAACCCACAUCAUCCUGAUUGUUUCUACUUUUAGUGGUAAAUGAAAGGAGUUUGACACGUUUUGCAGAACCGGCGGAAGACAGUACAGAGACAACUAACAAAUCUUUACUUCAUCCUCCGUGUGUAUCGCUCUAACAUAACCUAUCCUGCGCUGCACACCAGGCCCACAGAAGCUUCUAUAAACAGAAGAUGAAUAUCAUUGCAGAGAACUAACGUACGCACACGAUCGUACGUGGAUUGUGUGCUAACGGAGUCAUUAAGACAUCUGUAACACGUCCGAAAUCUUUCACGCACAUGAUAUUACUAACCAUUUUUGAAGCCUUCUUUUAGUUAUUCUCAAGUUUUCUUAGAUAACUUUCACUGGUUUCAUGCCAAAACGAUGCGCUAGAAUUAGAAUUCUUUUAAUUGUUGAGCGUUAUUUUAUUUCAUUAAUUCAUUUAUCCGUUUCUUGUUGUAAUCGUGUUUCCUUUUCUUUCGUUUUUCUCCUCUUUUUUCACAUUGCUUCGCGUAAUUAUGCUGUUGUAUGUUCGCGUUUCUUUGGUCAUUUAUAAUUUGUAAUCGUAAUGUAACCACG